CUUCGUUUACCGCUCUAGAGGCGCUGUAGUACUUAAAGUCAUGUGAUACGACAGCACGUGGAUGAUCGUAUACGUAUACUUAUAAGUGGUGUUAUUUUAAUGAAAACGUAUAAAUAAAUUUAAUUUAAUCAACAACAUUACAUUUUUUGUAUAAAACAGUGAUUACGUCUUAAAACAUAUACUUUUUAUGUUUUAUUAUAAGAUUAACCUUCAUAUAUCGAAGCUCAACUGAUUGAGUAAAAAUGAAAACUUGCUGUAUUUGCAAAGAGGUUAACUCGAAUUAUAAAUGUCCAACUUGCAAAGAACCUUAUUGUUCGCUGGUUUGUUGUAAAUUACAUAAAGAGAUUGGCUGCGUUAUACACGUUCAAGAACCAGUUGAGCAGCCUAAAGAAAAGCCAGAAUGUAAUUUUCCUACAGAAGAUACAGUUCCAAUUGAAAAAUUGGAACUUUUACGUUACAAUGACGAGGUCAAGGAGUGUCUAAAAAAUCCUCACGUCCGUGAUAUUGCACGAGCUAUUAUCAGUGAUCCAGAUCCGAGUAAAUUAAUUGCUUUAGCUAUGACUGAACCAAUAUUUGUUGAACUAGCAGAUGCAUGUUUAAAGGUUGUUGAACCUUCAAAUGAUAACGAAUCGUGUUGAUAUUGACAUUGAUUAUAACUUGUAUUUUAUUAUGAAUAUUAUUUUUAAAAAAACUUUAUUUUUAAUAUUGAUACUAUAUAAUUGUCUACAAAAUGGAUAAAACUACAAUGUGAAAAAUAAUAUUUGUUGGACAUUUUUCAUC